AUGGGAUAUACGUGGUGGAUUGUAAUAUUAUUUUUGGCACUUGCAGAAGCACAGGUGUCCAAAUCUGUGUACAAACUAAGUAUUGUUUGUGAAAAGGAAGGGCGUUUAGUGGAGGCCCUGGAUAGGUAUAUCAGGAGUUCCCUGGCGAAUAAGUCGCACGUUGAUGAACAGAUACAAAGUUUUCAUGAAAAUACUAAAGAAAAAAGGCCCAGAAAUAAUGACACAACUGAAUGGGUCGGCCAUCCAAUAAACGCAUUCCACUUGGUCGAGCGGGCAGCUAACGGCUGGCAGAAGGUCAAGAAAAGAAUCAAUUGUAGUGAUUGUGAUCUGACCACGGCGAAUCAGGACUUUCUUUCGAUCUGGAAUGAAGUUGUCGAGGUAGAUGGAAUCUGGGCACGUGGUCAAGACGUCAACAUAUCUGCGUAUGCACUAUGGAGACUUCAUGUAACAUACAAUCUGGAUAUAAAAGUUCUCAUGUCUGGAACAAUUUUGAAUAGAACCACAUUUCCCCUGUCGGUCACAGAUGUCAUCAGUAUAGGUAAUUAUCUGGACACUGAAGAUCAAAUUGAAUGGUUUGAAGAAUUCCUGGAGCUGGCUGACGUAACUGAGAAGGAUUCUAUUUCAUACAAGCUGGCUAUGGCAUAUUACAUGGCUGACUUUUCCUGGAAAUCAUUAGCAAUUCUGACAGAAUUGCAGAAGACAGGUUCCAUGCCAGUAGAACGCAUGAUUAAAGUUGUACGGCAGAAAGCGGAGAAAUUUGGGAAAGACAGACCAAUGAAGAGGAUGAAGAGUCCAAAACUCUACAUAGCAAAAGUCGAUGAAAAAUUGUGUCAGGGGAACAUACAGUCCGAUCCAGCGACCCCUGACCUCCAUUGUUACAAUAAGAAGACACGGAUACCCUACUACACAGUUAAAGAGGAAGUACUGAGUAACGUGCCACGGAUAUCCAGAUUCCAUGACGUCAUAUCAGACACAGAAAUUUCGCUCCUUCAGGACAUUUCCAAACAUAAACUAGUACCAUCUACUACUAUUAGAAAGGAUAACAGUAGAGCCCAGCAUGAUGGGAGAAUAAGUGAAAGUGCAUGGAUAAGCCCAUCAAAGAACGUUUCAAAAAAGCUUGAGCAGAGAAUUGAACUUUUGACAGGACUGGACACAAUUUUUCGAGUGACAACUGUAACAUCUGAGGAUAUGCAGGUGGUGAACUAUGGACUUGGGGGAUUUUAUGUUCGUCACUUCGACGCAAUUUAUAUAGGGAAGCAGGGUAGCAGAGACUCCAUGAAAAAAGCUUAUGGAGACAGAAUAGCCACCUGGAUGUUUUAUCUCAGCACGGUAGAGGAAGGAGGCGCAACAAUCUUCCCAAAACUCAAUCUUAGAGUUGUCCCCCUUAAAGGUUCUGCUAUCUUUUGGUACAACCUACUGCCGAAUGGUGAUCUGGACAUCCGAUCACAACACGCUUCUUGUCCAGUUUUACUGGGGUCAAAAUGGAUUGCAACGAAGUGGAUACUAGAACAUAGCCAAGUCUUCCGGAAGCCUUGUAAAAUACACUCAAUGGAGGAGCAUUACUGA